UUUUUAAUUGUAAAUAUAACUACCACCACACGAUCCACACGAUACACCUCCCAAAGCAGACUUAUUAGUACUUACAUGAAGAAGAGAGAGAGAGAGAGAGAGAGAAGAGAAUAGAGAGUACAGUAAACGAAGCUAAAGUGAUGGGCAUUUAGCUCAAACCUACGACUCUACUGAACUCAUUUUCCUCCUCCUCUUUGGGGUUUUGUACUUUCUCUUUACAUUUUUUACUUAAGAAAAUUAUUACAAUUCAAUGAUAUAAAUAUACCUCUCCCAGCAAAAACCCUAAAUCUCAAUACUCACAAUUUGGAAAUUUCGCAUUACACCAUCUCUGAAGAAACUCAACAGCACAGAGAGAGAAAAAUGGACAGAUCUAGAUCUAAAAGGUACUACUACGAUCAUCAAGACUACGAUCCCGAAACCCUACCUCGAACCAAACAACGCUACACCAGCAGCAAUCACAACAACCACCACUACUCCCCCAUCGGUCACCACCGCCGCUCCGCCGUUGGCGGCGGAGGCGGAGGCGGAGGCGGCGGAGGAGGUCGGAAAGUUCAAGAUCCGUCUCUCACGGUGACGACUAGUUAUCGGAUUCUCUGCCAUGAUUUGAAAGCUGGUGGUGUGAUUGGGAAAUCAGGAAGCAUAAUCAAAGCUAUUAGGCAACAUACUGGGGCUUGGAUCAAUGUUCAUGAAUUGAUUUCUGGUGAUGAGGAGAGAAUUAUUGAGAUAUCGGAUACGAGGAGGAGAGAUCCGGAGGGUCGAAUGCCUUCGUUCUCGCCUGCGCAAGAGGCAUUGCUUUUGAUUCAUGAGAGGAUACUUGAGAGUGAUGGUGGUGGUGGGUAUAUUGGUAAUGGCGAUGAUGAUGAUGAUUAUGGACCGCGAGGAGGGGGAAAUAGGGUUGCGACGAGGCUCGUCGUGUCGAGAAUGCAUGUUGGGUGUUUGUUGGGGAAAGGAGGGAAGAUAAUUGAGCAAAUGAGGAUUGAAACUAAGACCCAGAUUAGGAUUCUACCUAGAGAUCAUUCUCUUCCUCGCUGUGUUGCAAUGUCUGAGGAAAUUGUUCAGGUUGUUGGUGAGGUGAAUUCUGUGAAGAAUGCUAUAGCAAUUAUUUCGUCACGCUUGAGGGAGAGCCAGCAUCGUGAUCGUACUCAUUUUCAUAAUCGACUACAUUCACCAGACCGUUUUUUUCCUCAUGAUGAUUUUAUCCCUCACAUGAACAAUACACCGCGUAGAAUGUCUGUGGAUGGAUCUUCUUUUGGGUCAAGAUUACCUGCCGGUUUGGCUAGUGGGAGAAGCAAUAACUAUGUCUCACAUCCAUCUGGCUAUACAAUUGAAUCUGGGGAUACUCCUGUAGAUGACGAUGUACAGCCAUUUUCUGUUGAGGAUCUUGUUUUUCGAAUACUUUGCCCCAUUGACAAGGUUGACAGUGUUGUUGGGGAGUCAGAUGGAAUUAUAGAAUUACUUCAAAAUGAAAUUGGUGUGGAUGUUAAGGUUUCUGAUCCAGUGGCUGGGUCAGAUGAACAGAUAAUUAUCAUUUCAUCUGAUGAGGGUCCUGACGAUGAACUGUUUCCAGCUCAAGAAGCUUUGUUGCACAUCCAAACUCGCAUUGUUGAUCUUGUUUUGGAAAAAGAAAAUAUAAUUACUACUCGGUUAGUUGUUCCAUCGGGUAAUGUUGGAUGUUUAGAGGGAAGGGAUGGAUCGUUAUCUGAGAUGCGAAGAUUAACAGGUGCAAACAUACAGAUCCUGCCUAGGGAAGAACUUCCUGUAUGUGUAUCAGGGACUGAUGAGCUUGUACAGAUUGUAGGGGAGAUAAAAGCAGCUCGUGAGGCUCUUGUUGAGGUGACAUCAAGGCUACGGAGUUAUGUGUAUGGGGACUUCUUUCAAAGGGAUAUGCCAUCACCAUCUAUGCUUGCAUCCAGCCCUGUUGGGAGUGCAUUGGGACUGGAGGCUGCUUCUUCGAAUAAUAUAACUCCACCUAGGGAAGGUUAUACUGGUACUGGAAGUGAUCCUCCUCCUUCGACCUAUCAGAAUGUACAAACAAUGCAGCCAGCAAAGGAUUUUGGAGGGUCUGUUAGCGAAACGGUGAAACAGACUGAAAAUGAGCGUCGUCCCGAAGACAUGCCAAGCAGUUUGAACAGAAUCCCUGUACCACUUGUCACUAGGAGUAUACUGGAGGUUGUCAUACCACAGCAUGCAGUGCCGAAGCUCAUAACAAAAUCGAAGAACAAGCUUGCCCAGAUCAGUGAACUGUCAGGGGCCAGUGUGAAACUUAUUGAAGAUAGACCAGACGUAACAGAGAAGACCAUUCAAAUUUCGGGUACUCCAGAGCAGGCUGAGAGAGCCCAGAGCUUGCUUCAAGGUUUUAUUUUGAGCACCCAAGAAGACGCCCCUUGAAGUGGCUUAGCAAUGUGCACGUGUCUGAGGCUUGACUCAAAGAGCUGGUUUAGUGGAGGGAUGUUUAAGGCAGUUUUCAUCUAUAAUUCCUGGUGUAACCCUGGAGAGCAAGGGUAUCCUGGUUCAUGAUCCAAGGCAGAGAAUGGUAUGUGCAUAUUGUAGAAAUGUACACAGUGAAGCCAAGUAAGCAUUGUAAAUGUAUUCUAUGAACAGCUCUGAAAUUUUUUUUUUUGUAUCCUUCAAUGUAUCAACUUUUUCACAUGAUUCCGGAAUGGAUUUGAGUUGUGAUGCCCCAUCCCACAUCAGGUGGGAAGGAAGGAUAUCUGAUGCUGUGCAAGUAGCAGACUUUUGGACCUUUGUACUACAAUGCCUUCUCCUUGGGGAGAACGAAGUCAAUGUGGACAUACAGUGUGGUGUUGUGUUGCGU